UGUGGUUACAGGUCUACCAACUGGUGGUUAGGUUUUGAAACUCUCUUAAGCAAUGAAAUUUUCUCACAAGGAUGAACAUGAAUUCAAGGAACAACCACCAUUGCUAGUUUCAUUUUUUUUUUCUACACAUGUGAGAAAUCUGGAAUCAUUACCAGACACAUAUUCUUAAACUAUUCAAUAAUUUUUUUUGGUGUGGGUAUCUGCUGUUGGUCCAUGUUUAAAUAAUACUAUAUUUUAUUUGGGUUUGGCGUCAAUGUUCCAAUGAUAAGGAGGGUGGGUUGCUUCUGUUUGUGUUUAUGCCUUUGUGGGUAGCAUCUGUAUUUCUUGGGAUUGCUUUUGUGUUUUUGCUUUUAUAAUAAAAAUCUUGUCUUGGAGUUUUCUGGUUUUUUCUGUUCCCUGUCCCAGCCGCAUCAUUUCAUUUCUAUGGGGUUUUCAGAAUUUGAUACAUGAUGGGCUUAUUGUCGGGGCAUUAAUAUCAGUGGCUGUCACUUUAUGGAUAGAACUGGGAGUGCUUUCUCAUUCAUCUUAGAGCACUUCACCUGAGGUUGUGAGGCAGAGGAAGGAGAAGACGAUGUCUACUUAUUACCCCAGUUUAAGCAGCCAAAAAGAGAACUUGCAAAGCCUAUAUCCAGGAGACCACAAAAUUUCUUCAUAUUCUGAACUUCCCUCCCAUCCUAAUAACAUGACAAUGUAUGUGAACCAAGCUUCUGCUGCUGGAGCUUAUUCAGAAUUUUUAACUGAGAGUUCCUUGUCUUCUGACCAUUGUGCUGAAUUUGCAUCUGCUGGAGAUGGAAAUGAGAUGAUGUUCAUUCCACCUACAAGUGCCACAAUGAGUUUGCAACCUAUUGAUGGACAUUUAAACACAGCGUCAACUGAUCCAGCAGGCAACCAUGUUAGUGAACAGAAUUUUCAAUGUCAGGGAUUAUCUCUAAGACUUGGCACAGAGAUGCAACCUGCAGUCUCUGUUCCUUCAUUUCAAUAUCAAAAUCCCAGCCUAAUUUUACCUUCAUCAUCGAGUCCACAUCUUCCAGUAAUGGGGAAGUGGAUAUUAUCCUCCGGUGGUGGUGAAAAUCAUCAAAGUAACCUUAUCCGAACAGAGGUUUCUCGCAAUCCUCAGUGCUUAGAUGCCCAAAAAGAUAUGCAUUCUGAUGCAUAUAUGUAUGAAACUUGUGGCUAUGCUAAUGCUACCUCAAACUCUAAAUACCUCAAGGCAGCUCAACAACUUCUUGAUGAAGUCGUUAAUCUCAGAAAGGCCUUAAAGCAGCUCCAAUCUAACAAAUGUUUUGAUGACAUCAAGGAGAAUGAUGGGAAACCUAGCAGCCAAUCUAUCCUUCCAACAUCAAGUGGGAUUUCAUCUGGCCCUAAUGAGUCAACUGCCAACUCCUCUUCCGAGUUAACUUCUGCAGAAAGACAAGAUUUUCAGAACAAGAAGAUAAAGCUUUUGUCCAUGUUGGAUGAGGUGGAUAGAAGAUACAAAGAGUAUUACCAUCAAAUGCAAAUUGUGGUGUCUUCUUUUGACAUGGUGGCUGGUCAAGGAGCAGCUAAAUCAUACACAGCACUUGCUAUCCAGACAAUUUCCCGUCAUUUCCGCUGUUUGCGUGAUGCAAUCAGCAACCAGAUAGAAAUAACGAGGAGAAGACUCGGGGAGCAAAGUAACUCUCCUAAUGGUCAAGGAGGGAUACCACGUCUCCGCUAUGUGGAUCAGCAACUCAGGCAACAGAGGGCUCUCCAACAGUUUGGUGUUAUGCGUCAUGCAUGGAGGCCUCAAAGGGGCCUUCCUGAGAGCUCUGUUUCAAUUCUUCGAGCUUGGCUUUUUGAGCAUUUCCUUCAUCCCUACCCUAAUGACUCGGAGAAAAUCACUCUAGCAAAACAGACAGGAUUAACCAGAAACCAGGUUGCAAACUGGUUUAUUAAUGCACGGGUGCGUCUUUGGAAGCCCAUGGUUGAGGAAAUAUACAAAGAAGAAUUUGCAGAUUCUGAAGCAAACUCUAAAUCUUCUCUAGAUGAUGCAACCAAAGCACUUGGAGAGAAUCAACUGGUAUCUGAGAAUAGGCUAGAUGAAUUGCAAGACAGUUUGACGUCUGCAGCUGCUGAUAGUAACCGCACAGGUCAAGUUCAUGCCUUAAAGUUUGAUCCCCUUCUUGACAUAGAAAUGAACAAACCUGUAGCAAAAACAGUGCUUCAGAAUAAUUCUCUUGGAGAUGUCACAAAUUCUAGGAUUACAAAACUCCAGGGCAACCAAAGAUCUAACAUGGAUGAACAAAGCCCUUAUCUAGACAAGGAUAUCCCAAGUAACCAGCAUGGUGAUGAGAGUCUUAUGCCUGCUGCUCUCUCAUAUGACAUAUCAGAGUUGAGUGGAUUUGCAAUUGGCAAUCAAGUGUCUCUUGCAUUAGGACUGCAACAUCAUGAAAGUGAUGCUUUUCCCAUGUCCGGUGGGAAUCAAAUCAGAGGUAACAAUAUAGCAGCUUCCUCCAUGGGACCUGACACGAUCGACUAUCAUUGCAUAUAUAUGGGAAAGCAACAAGACAGGCUUGGAAAUUCCCAUCUGUUACGUGAUUUUGUGGUCUGAAAUAAAUUGUUCUUGCUUUAGUGCUUUUGGUUUUAUUGAUAAAAAAAUCAUUCUUGCCGACAGAAGGAUUAAUCAAGUUGUGGAUAGCCAAAAACAGAAAUUACAUGCUUUGUGAUACUGCCUGGAACUCAUUAUUUUAUUUUCUAAUAGUUUUUGAUACAAGAAAUCUAAUGCUGCUAUAGAUAUUAAUGUACAUACGGGCAUGAAGUCUGCUUGUAAUAUAAAAAUAGAUUGGUGGAAUUGUAGGCAUAUUUGUAAAGAUGCAAUAAAAUGGUUGUGGUCUUGUGUA